AUGGACUUUGCUGAUAUCGAAGAAUUUGACGAUGAAGAAGAUUUUCUGGAUGAUUUGAUGGAACUUGGCUCCCUUUUGUGGACUAGAGAAGACAGCAAGCCUCGCAUUCUAGGUUAUGUCGAGAAAGUAGUUCCAUUGUAUUAUGAUCAGGAUUUUCGGAGGCAUUUCCGUUUAAGUAGAUCGACGUUUGACGUGUUGGUGCACAAGGCUAGCACUUGGAAGAAGCUACUUUUAAAUAGAAGUCGUGGAGGAAGAGUUGCAAUACCAGGAGUAAAUCAAUUACUGAAAACGUUAUGGUACCUGGGAACUCAGGAAACGUUUCGUCAGCUUUCGGAUCGGUUUGAUGUUGCUGAGUCAACAAUGCAUGGUGCCGUACGAAAAAUUUGUAGAUGUGUAUCAUUUUAUCUACGACACACUGCAAUCCAAUGGCCUCGUGGAUCCCAAGUUGAUAGAAUACGAAGAGGGUUCGAGAACAUAAAGGAUUUCCAGAUGUUUUGGGAGCUAUAG